GGGCCGUGCCGCGCCAUGGCCAACCCGUCGCAGUGCCUGGAGGAGGGCGCCGGGCGCUGGCCGCCGCGGCCGCCCGGGCCGUACAGCGAGGCGCAGCGGCUGGCGCUGGAGGAGCUGGUGGCGGGCGGCCCCGAGGCGCUGCGGGCCUUCCUGCGGCGGGAGCAGCUGCCGCCCUUCCUGUCGGAGCCCGAGGUGCAGGCCAUCGUGCGGGGCGCCCUGCCGCCCGCCCCGCAGCCGGCGGGAGAGCCCUCGCCCGGCGCCUCGCUCGACGCCUCCUCGCUCACCUACUUCCCCGAGCGCUCGGACCUGGAGCCGCCGGCGCUGGAGCUGGGCUGGCCGGGCUUCGCCAGCGGCGCCUUCCGCGGGCUGACGCGGGUGGAAGCGCACUUCCAGCCCGGCUGCGGGGACGGGCUGUACGGCUGCAAGGAGGCGGUGCGGCGGCAGAUCCGCUCCGCGAGGCAGGUGAUUGCCCUUGUCAUGGAUUCCUUCACAGAUAUUGAUAUAUUUGGUGACCUCCAGGAUGCCUAUAACAACCGCAAAGUCCCUGUCUAUAUCCUUCUUGACCAUGACUUUCUACCCCAUUUCUUGGAAAUGUGCAAGAAUUUGGGAGUUUGCCCUGAGCAGGAAAGUCUCAUGAGAGUUCGAACUCUCACGGGGAACACGUACUACAUGAGGUCAGGUGCCAAAAUUAUUGGGAAAGUCCAUGAGAAGUUCAUGUUAAUUGAUGGCAUCAGAGUGACAACAGGCUCCUACAGUUUCACCUGGUCUGAUGGGAAGCUGAACAGCAGUAACUUGCUGCUAUUAUCAGGCCAAGUGGUUGAACACUUUGACCUCCAGUUCAGGAUUCUUUAUGCCCAGUCGAUGCCCAUCAGCCCUAAGUGGCCAUCCAGCUGCAGGAACAGCGGGAUAUUUGAUCACCUGGCAAACAGGAUAGAGUCCCCUGAAGAGUAUACUGUGGAAGGCAACUUGAGAGCAGAAUUUGCCAGAUUGUCUAGUACUCCAAAGAAACUGCUGAAAGAACUCAAUCUGGCUGAAGAUACCCCUGGAGGCAAACCUUGCAACUUGGGGCAUUCUUGCCUCUGUGAAGAGGAGUGGUUCCAUGAUCAAGAGGCCACGGUGGAACGGAAGAGCGUGUCAACUCAAACUGGCCCAUGGGAAGGGAAGCCUGUGGUGACCACAUGUAAUGCUGCCACACAGACCAGGGCUCUGACAGCAGAAAUGGGCACUCAGGCUUCCGUCGUUGCUAGAGUGGCAGGCACUCAGACUUCUAUUUUGCUGAAGACAGCAGUGACACAGACAAAGGAAGAGGGGGACACAGAAACACCCCUGCUUCACAGGAAGUUGUCAAAAGAAGGAUCUGCUCUGUUUGGAAGGGCUGUAUCAAGUUCUAGUCUGCGAUCACUGUCUUCCUCAUCAUCCCAGUGCUCCCUCACCAGCUCUACUGGCUCAAUCUCAUCUCUCCGGUCCUUUGAAUAUUCUACCAGGCACAGGGCAGAAUAUUUCCAAAAACUGCAUAAAGAGAGGCAAUUCCACUACUCCACUAUCAGGUCAAAGCUUAGCCACAUGGUGGAUAUCCUGUCCCGGAGGGGCCGUGUGCCUGAACCACCCCAGAGGGGCCGUGUUCCUGAAAGCUUCCUACCCCAGUACCCAGGAAGGUGCAACCUGAAGCAGCAGCGGGACAUCAGUGCCAGCCUGCGCAGCCUCCGGGACGUGUCGCUCUUCUCUCUCAAGAAAUGACUGCUGCACUGAGCACGGGGCACGAGAGCUCCGGCCCCAGAUUGCAGUCACUUUGUACCUGCUGAUUCUUCCCCUUCCUUCCAGCACGUUUACUAUUUUUAAUACAUGUGUCCGUUGCUCUCCAGCACUUUGUUUUAUCCUAUAAACAAUAAGAGGGGUCUGUUUAUACAGUAGCUACUUGCAUGUUCCGUUUGCGUGCGUUAGUGGUGACGGUUCAUUUUCAUUCUGGAUGCUUAACCUGAAAAGUAAACUUAUGACUGCUUUCUAGAGUUAGCUAAUGUUCUGGCUUUAAUUUAUGUGCAUCUGGAAAAAUCUGAGUCAGACUGAUCUUGCUCAGAGUGGCUCUGGAGAUUUAGAUUACUUCAAGGUAUAUUAAUAUUUUUUUUAAUGGCUUUUAUUUCUACUUUCUCUUUGGCAUGAGGAGAAAUGACUUUUAUAAAAGCCAUAACACAUUUUAUUCUAAGUCUGACUUCAGAGAGAGAUACAUUUCUCUUUCACUAAAGCUGUGAAGGUUCUAUUGGAGCAGUUGUAGGGUCUUAUCUUCAACUGUCUCCUUUUCCCAUUGCUUAAGCCUUCUGAAAGGGACUGAGCUAACCAGCUCUUCAGUCUGAUCAUCCUCUCAUGCCUUUGUGUAAAUACAUACAUGUAUAUAUGUGUGUGUGUGUGUACACAUCCUCAGAAGAGCAUCUUAAAACCAAGACCAGGAAGUAGCAACUCAGCACUCCAAGAUAGCUGAGCCCCUUUUAGGUACAGUCCUGAUGUAAAUGUUUCUAGUAUUUGGAACUAAAACUAUAUUGGAUCUGUUAAGACUAUUAAUGGAAAUGUAUUGCUGAAGUGUUGGGCUUUGUGCUUGUGAGUGGGAGAUGAGGUGACAUCUGGAGUUCGGUAUCUCGCUGUAUCAAACCUGUUGUAUUUAUCUUUUGAGAUGACUUCAGAAAACUGUCACUUGAGCAACUUGUCACACAGAAUUAAGACUUUCAGUCUUAACACUGUAAAAUGACCUUCCAAUUCUGGCUUGGUCUAAGAAUGUCUGAACCAUAUUGCUUCUGUUAAGAGACCUAUAAACUGCUUUCUUCUUUGGAGUUAACUCAGAGAUGAGACAAACACUGAGGGCACAUGACAGAGCCCUUGCUGAAAAGUAACUGACAAAUGCACUACAAAAUGUUAUGGGAUAUGCUUGAUAAUAUUAUUGUACAAGAAAGUGUAGGAGUGAAAAACAAAACAACAACAUUUUUCUUCAAACUGUCCUAUCUGAUCCUGCUUCCUGCUCUGUUUAUUCUUUAUCCACUAUUAACUUGGUUUGAGGAACUGAAGUGCCACUCUAGUUUUUAUUAAUACUCUCAAUAUUAAAUGGAUCUUAGGUUAAGCUCCUUUGCAGAUACACUACCUGAAUAUUUGUUAGCAGUACUGUGUGCUUGUGCUUGCUGGAUCACUUUGAGCAGUGUGUGGCUUCUCUCUCUGUGCUCUGACCUGUACUGCUAUUCCUUAGACCUGCAUCCCACCCAGUACUCUGGUGAGCAGCUUGACUCUGAAUCCUGCCAAGACAAAUCAAGAGUUUGGGUAAUGUAUUUUCUUCUGUUUUCCAGGGAUGUGUGUCCAGUAGAUGGCACAUGUCAGCUGCUGUCUGAAUAUUCCAGUAAACAGCAAUGAAUGAACAGAAAAAUAUCCAAAACUGCCACUUAAGUGUAAACAACAACUAGUAACUGGCAUUUCUAUCUCUGAAAUCCUUCCUGGACGAGGAGGCUUAGCUCCUUUUGUAACUUGGGUUUCAAAGCAGCCACUCCCACAAACUGUUAGGGACAGGUGGGAAAAAAGCUCUGUCUGCACUUGUUUAAAAAGAUACUUCCUUGCACAGCUCCUGGAGCUGGAACACCCUGAGUGAAGCAAGUUGCGGGGAGGGAGCCCAUCUCGAAUUAUGUUUUGAAAAGCUUGUGUUCCACAGUGCUUGAGUGUCUGUAAAACCCACUUGUUCUGUGUGCUAUUUAACUUGAUUAUGACACUGUGCAGCUGUUUGGGUACUCUCCCAGG